GGGAGCUAAACCAAAAAAGAAAGGGAAGAGUGCCGCCUCCGUGUGUACGUUGCGCGCGCGCGUGAAGGGCUCUCCAGGCCGCCUUCCCCCUCACGGCUUUCUUGACAAGAGGCCUCCAGGGAGUGACGUCACCGGUUGCCUCCUCUGCGAAAUCCCAGCAGCGCGCGACGUCCGCGAGGCCAAAGCAGCAACAGGAAGGAAGGAAGAAAGGCAGGAAGGGGGCGGGGCCAGGAAGGGGGCGGGGUUCCGGAGCGGCUCCCUCACGCCGGGAUGCGAGCAAGGCCCAGACAUGGUCGUCUUCGGGUUAACAGUCGUGCGGCACGGGGAAACAAGGUACAACAAAGAGAAGAUAUUGCAAGGGCAAGGGGUAAAUGAGCCCCUUUCUGAGACUGGCUUCAGCCAAGCCAGUGCUGCUGGCAUAUAUCUCAGUAAUACAAGAUUCACUCAUGUCUUCUCCAGUGAUUUGCUUCGAGCAAAGCAGACCACAGACUCAAUCCUUGUAAAGAGUCAGUUCUGCAAAGACAUUUCUGUAAACUACGAUUCAAGACUUCGGGAACGCAAAUAUGGAGUGGCAGAAGGAAAACCUUUAAGCAAUCUCAGGGCUAUGGCAAAAAGUGCUGGGGAGCAAUGCCCUUCUUACACCCCUCCUGGAGGAGAAACACUAGAUGAGGUAAAUGCUCGGUGCAAAGAUUUUUUUGAAUACCUUUGCCAGCUUAUUUCCCAAGAAAGCUGUCUGGAAACACAGUCCUCAAGCACGGAAGGAACUGACACAGAAAUAGAAGAAGGAAAGUCUGCUACUUCAUUAACAAGUUAUGACGGCAGGAUGGAGUUUCAUUCUGAAUGUAAUAGAGGUGACAAAGGACUAGAUGCCAAUAUAUUGGUUGUGAGUCAUGGUGCAUACAUGAGAAACUGGAUUGGCUAUUUUAUUUCAGAUUUAGAGUGCUCUUUACCAGAUACUGUGACAAAGACGGAGCUGUCUUCUGUCAGUCCCAACACUGGAAUUAGUCAGUUCAUUAUAAAAUUUGAGAUGAGAAAAAAGUUGAGACCUCAAAUUCAUUGUAUUUGUCUCAAUAGAGGAGACCAUUUAGUGGGUUUAAAAUGUGAAAAGGUGUAGUUUAGAACAUUAAAAUGCAAAGUGUAUUUA